GGGGCGCCGCACGCCGCGGCCGCGGCGCGGCAGGGGCGGACGGAGGCUGCAUGCGCGCAGUUUUGCUCGCGGAUCUCCCCGGGCGGAUCGCGGCGCGCCGCAGACCCCGCGGCGAGCGGCAGCCGGGCACCGGCCGCUGUCAGACAUGGAUGAAGGCAUCGCUCGGCUGCCGGAGCGGCAGCUGCUGGAGCACAGGGAUUUCAUGGGGCUGGACUACCCUUCCUUGUACAUGUGCAAGCCCAAAAGAGGCGUAAAGAGGGACGAAAGCAAGGAAACGUACAAACUGCCGCAUAGAUUGAUAGAGAAGAAGAGGCGCGACAGGAUUAACGAAUGCAUUGCCCAGCUGAAAGACUUGCUGCCCGAGCAUCUGAAACUGACGACGCUGGGGCACCUGGAGAAAGCGGUGGUGCUGGAGCUGACCCUAAAGCACUUGAAAGCGUUGACAGCCUUAACGGAGCAGCAGCACCAGAAAAUCAUCGCUUUGCAAAGCGGAGAGCGCUCCCUGAAGUCCCCGGUGCAGGCCGACCUGGACGCUUUCCACUCGGGCUUUCAGACGUGCGCCAAGGAAGUGCUGCAGUACCUCUCCCGCUUCGAGAGCUGGACGCCCCGCGAGCAGCGCUGCGCCCAGCUGCUCGGCCACCUGCACGCCGUCUCCUCGCAGUUCCUGCCCGGCGCCCCGCUCCUCGCCCCGCCGCCGGGCCCCCUGCCCAAGGGAUCCUCCUCCUCCUCCUCCCCGCCCGCCCCCGCCUGCGCGCCGGCCCGCAAGCCGGAGGGCCAGGCUCACUGCGUGCCCGUCAUCCAGCGGACUCACGCCGCCGAGCCCAGCGCCGAGACCGACACGGACACGGACAGCGGCUACGGCGGCGAGCCCGAGGCGCGGCCCGAGCGCGGCGCCCACGGCGCGGCGCCCCCGGGCCCGGCGGCGGCCGCGGCGCUGCCCGCGCUGGCCAUCAAGCAGGAGCCGUCGGGGGACGAGGCGCCGCCCGCGCCCAAGCGGCUGAAGCUGGACCGCGGCGGCAGCCCGCUGCCCGGCCCGCCGGGGCUGGCGGCGCGGGGCGCGGAGGCAGCGGCGGCGGCGCUGGCCAGGCCCGACGCCGCGCUGCUGGGCUCGCUCAUGGCCCUGGGGGCGGGCGGCGGCGGGGCCCCCUUCGGACAGCCGGCGGCGGCCGCCCCCUUCUGCCUGCCCUUCUACUUCAUCUCCCCCUCGGCCGCCGCCGCCUACAUGCAGCCCUUCCUGGAUAAGAGCAGCCUGGAGAAGUACCUCUACCCCGCCGCCCCCAUCCCGCUGCUCUACCCGGGCAUCCCCGCCCAGGCCGCCGCCGCCGCUGCCGCCGCCGCCUCCUUCCCGUGCCUCUCCUCCGUGCUCGGCCCCGCCGACAAGGCGGCCGCCGCCGCCGCCGUGCUGCCCCCGGCGCCCCACCUCCCGCACCCCUUCGCCGCCGCCGCCGGGCUGGCCGCCGCCGCCGCCGCCGAGCCCGGCGAGGAGGCCGAGGCCGCCGCCGCCGAGGAGCCCGGCGCCGAGGGGCCCUGAGCGGCCGCCGCGGGCCCCUGGGGGGGCGGAGGGGCCGCGGGCCGGGGCUGCCGCGCUGCCGCGGCGGCGGCCGGCCCCGGGGCUGCCCUGCAGAGGACCGGCGAGGAUAAAAUUUGCUACUCAGUAUUUUUUUAAUGUUUGGCUUUAUACAUGCAUAAAUAUGUUAAGGAAACAAAAAAAAAGAAGAAACGGAAGGAAACGUAGUAAGGAUACUUUUUUUUUCCUCUCUCUCUCUCUUUCUAAGGUAACUUAAAUGUUGCACCUUAUUUUGAAAUGGGUUUCUCCAGUGUCCCCGAGUCGCACCUGGGAAGCGGCACUUGUUGCUCGGGAGCCCGGGGCGAGGGCGCGGAGGGCGGGCGGCGGCGCGGCCCCGCGCCCGCGUUAGCACUUUAUUGACCGUGGACGGAUAACCCUGAGCCCAGACCUGCAGUGCCUUGAGCACCCGGGGAUGCCGCUGGCUCCAGCGAGAGUGCUGGGUGUGCAAGGGAAAGAGGGUCAGACCCAUUAUGUAACCUUGCGUUUGUCGUUUUUGUUUUUGUUUUGUUUUGUUUUCCGGCUAAGGUAUACAGGUUGUGGCAAGUGCAUUAGUUCUCACCCUGUCUUUAUUUAAUUCAGUACGUUCCCGAGACAUAUUUCCCCCCGAACCUUGCUGUAUAAAAUGAAUGUUUCUGCACUGAAGUACAAAAAAGCAAAAAAAAAAAGCAAAAAAAAAAAAAAAAAAAAAAAAGCAGCCCCCUUCCCCCCCCCCAAGAAAACACAGAGCAACUGAUCAGCCUGAACUCAUUUUGUCCUGAAUUCUGAACGACACACGCUGGAGGCCGUGGGUAAACACCUCACUUUGCAAUCAGAAACGAUUAAAUGAUGCGGGGUAAGUUUCCUUUAUGGGUUCCCCUUCACCCCAUUCUCCAAAUAUCGUGAUUUCCCUUUCUGGAGACAAACCAGACGCCAGAUAAUCACACAGAUAAAGCUUUUAUAAUAAGGCUUAAACCAAGACCUUGCCUAGAUAUUUUUAGUUUGUUGCCAAGGUAGCACUGUGAGAAAUCUCACUUGAAUGUUAUGUAAGAGGUGAGACACAACAGUCUGACUAGGAGUGAAUAAGUAUCCUGGGUCUGUUAGUCAGUUUGGUGCAUUUGCUGCUGCUGUUGCUACUGUUUGCCUCAAACGCUGUGUUUAAACAACGUUAAAAACAAAAUCUUACUAGCCUACAGAGUGGCUGUAUGUAAAUAGUUGUUAAUACAUCCAAUUAAUGAUGUCUGACAUGCUAUUUUUGUAGGGAGAAAAUAUGUGUUAAUGAUAUUUUGAGUUAAAUAUCUUUUGGGAGGAUUUGCUGAAAAAGUUGCACUUUUGUUACAAUGCUUACGCUUGAUACAAGCUUAUGCUGUCUUAAAUUAUUAAAAAAAAAAAUAAAUCCUGUCUGCAAGAAACCA